CUUGGCUUCUCAUCACAACGAAACUUUCUUCGAUAGGCAGACAGCAUGGAUACCGACGACGUCGCAGCUUCGCCCCCCGCAUACAAUGGAGACACCCCGCGAAGCGAGCAUCCACGUCCAGACUGGGUGCGCCUGAGCGCUGGUAGCGUGCAACCAGACUACACCUCCUUGAACGGCUCCUGGCUCUUUGCCUUCGACGAUGAGGACCGCGGUCGACGAGACAAAUGGUAUCUCGACUCAGCACCAAACCGCAAUCCCAUCUUCUCAAGAGACAUCACGGUCCCUUUCGCCUUUCAGACCGAGGCGAGCACUCUGGGCGAGCGGACCUAUCAUGAGAUCCUAUGGUUCGUCCUCCAGACGAAGAGGCGCCUGCAAAGGGGAUGCGAUCAUCUUCUGCACUUCGGCGCAGUCGACUAUGAGGCCGACGUUUGGGUCAAUGGCCAGCAUGUCGCGAGCCACAGAGGUGGUCAAGUGCCCUUCUCCGCGGACAUCACAGCCCAGAUCGAGGAGGAGAAAAUUUCUGGGACACCCUUGACCAUCUUCGUCCGAGCUCAUGAUCGCAUUCAGGACCUCACGCAGCCUCGUGGAAAGCAGUACUGGAAACCCAAAAGCGAGUCCAUCUUUUACACGCCUUGCAGCGGCAUCCACCAAUCCGUAUGGCUGGAGGCUGUGCCCAAACAACGCAUCGAGCGCGCUAAUUUCGUCCCCAACAUCGACAACUGCACGCUCGCCAUUGACGUCGCCCUGUACGGCAUCGAUAGAGUUCACCAGAUGCACACUCUGACCGGCAAGGCGACCAUCGGUGGCCUCCAAGUCGCGACGGCUAGCAAGAGCAUUCCCUACAACACUAGCCGAGCCUCUCUCACCCUAGACAUGACUCUACAAGGCAUCGAGGCCCCGGGAGACGUCCAGGUGAAUAUAGGUGAGCAGGCCAUCAACAAUGGCGCCUCAAUCUCUAUAGUGCCCGAUACCAUCUCCGGGGACACCUGGCAAAACGGCAUCGCCCUCUGGUCUCCCGAGCAUCCGGCUCUCUACGACAUCGAGCUCGAGCUUCUCAGCGACGCAUCUGGCGAUAUGGUGGACCGCGUCCGGACGUACGCGGGUAUGCGCAAGGUGUCCAUCGAAGACGGUCUCUUUAAACUUAACAAUCGUCCUUACUUCCAACGUCUUGUGCUCGACCAAGGUCUCUGGCUUCAGACGGGCUUCACAGCUCCCACCGACGAAGCUUUCAGGGAUGACAUUCUCAAGAUGAAGUCGCUGGGCUUCAAUGGAGCUCGCAAGCACCAGAAGGUCGAAGAUCCGCGAUACCUAUAUUGGGCGGACCGCUUAGGGUUCCUCGUCUGGGGAGAGAUCGGCAACGCGUACGAGUGGAACGACACGAUGGUGGAGCGAUUCGUGGAUGAAUGGGGGCAGGCGGUCAGGAGGGAUGUCAAUCAUCCUUGCAUCGUGGCGUGGACGCCCGUAAAUGAGAGCUGGUCGGUUAACGCUCUGCCCAACAAUGAGGCACAACGGGACUUCCUGAGGACAUUGUACCAUCUCACAAAGACGAUUGACCCGCAGCGCAGGCCGGUGAUCGACAAUGAUGGGUGGGAGCAUGUGGUCACGGACCUCAUGACGGUACACGACUAUGCGGAUGGAGAAGGGCUUCGCAAGACGUGUGGUAGCUUGGAAGGACUUCUGGCGCCCAAGGCAGGAAAAGAUGUAGUCGUCCGUGGCAGCGAAGGAUACAAGGGACAGCCCAUUAUCCUCAGCGAGUUUGGAGGGGUGAAUAUUGUCACUGAGGGUGGGACGCAGAACCGGGCCGGAGGGAGUGAAGACUGGGGAUACCAUACGGCAAGGAGUGCGGAGGAUUUGGAAGGCAGACUCAAGGCUCUCAUUGACGCCAUCAUCGACGGCGGCAUCGUACAGGGAUAUUGCUACACGCAGCUGGCCGACUGCGAGCAGGAGACCAAUGGUAUCCUCACCGCAGACCGACAGUACAAGCUUGACCCUGAGAAGUGUAGGGCCAUCUUUGGGAGGAAGUCGAGAUGGGAGAUGUGAGGUCGAGUCGGCGAUUGCCGACGACGUCGCUUGAUUGUCCAUCUACUCGCGUGCUGGCACGCCACACCUUGUUGACAUUACUUCCUUGCUUCGACAUCCAAUCUGACCAGGGUCGGUGUUGACCGUCUCGCUCAUCUGAACCAAAAGUUCACACUCGCGCUUGUCGUGAGGCUAGCGACGCAGUGGAACCAUCCACGGGGCAGAAAGAGGGCAUCCCCAGGCUCCAGCGUAACAUUGGCAGCCUCAGCUUGCUUAGCCGCUUCGUUCAGGAGCGGAAAGUCUUUCUGUCUCUGCCCCUCGUCAACGCCGCGUAGCAAGUAGUUCUCUGUAGGCACCGUACUGGUAUUUUGUUGCCUGCCUCCCUUCUCGAGGUAGAGAUAGGGCUGCGCUGCCGGAGGGAAGACGUGAAACCUCUUCUUUCCCACCACUUGAACGAAGAUGUUCUCGUAUGGGUCGCGAUGGAUCGGUGUAAAGGUGCC